UUCCCUUUGCUUAAGCGAUACUGGACAACCUUGAUGAGUCUGCGCAGUCGCAGUGCGGAGUUGGGAGAAGUUAGUCCGUAGCCAAACGGGCCAAACCAAACUUUGGUCCAUCAGGCGACUUGCCUGUUUCAAUCACCAAAAAUGAUGUCUCUGGCAAGUUUGCUGCCAGCCCCCUCACAACCAGUCUGGGAUCGCGAUGACGCCCGACAGAAGCCAGCUCCCUCUCAUGGAGCGUUGGUGUCAGCACAAUGGACCGCUCCACCUUACGGUCAACGAAGGGGCUGGAUUCCUCGCACAGAACAGGACUAUGGAGAUGGUGGUGCCUUCCCCGAGAUUGCUGUGGCUCAAUACCCCCUCAACAUGGGACGUGAAGGAAAAGAAAGUUCAUCUAAUGCCCUAGCGGUUCAACUAGAUGCGACAGGAAAAAUUAAAUACGAUGUUAUUGCAAGGCAGGGUCAUGGUAAAGACAAGAUUGUAUACUCCAAGUUGUCAGACCUUCUACCAGCAGAGGUACUGGCUGAGGAUGACCCUAGCUUAGAAAAACCUGAUGUCGAGGAACUGGAAGAAACUACUGAUAGAACACGACAAGCUUUGGAAAGGAUUACACAAACAAAAAUAGCGGCUGCAAUGCCUGUGAGAUGUGCUGAAAAACUUGCCCCCGCUCAAUAUAUCAGAUAUACACCAUCUCAACAGGGAACUUCCUUCAACUCUGGAGCAAAACAGAGGGUUAUCAGAAUGGUUGAAGCACAGAAAGAUCCGAUUGAACCACCCAAAUUCAAGAUCAACAAAAAAAUUCCACGAGGCCCACCUUCUCCUCCUGCACCAGUGAUGCAUUCCCCAACCAGAAAAGUUACAGUCAAAGAGCAGAAAGAGUGGAAAAUUCCUCCCUGCAUAUCAAACUGGAAAAACGCCAAGGGUUAUACAAUUCCCCUUGACAAACGUCUUGCUGCUGAUGGCAGAGGUCUACAACAAGUUCACAUCAAUGAAAACUUUGCAAAAUUGGCUGAAGCAUUAUACAUUGCUGACAGAAAGGCAAGAGAGGCUGUUGAAAUGCGAGCUCAACUAGAGAAGAAACUUGCCCAAAAAGAGAAAGAAAAGAAAGAAGAGCAUCUCCGAGCGCUGGCCCAGAAAGCUCGGGAGGAACGAAAUGGUAUUCGUACCGCAAAUAUUGUUGAUAAGGAUGAAGAAGCACGAGAAAGAGAUCAAUUGAGGGCAGAGCGUCACAAGGAGAGGCAACGCGAUCGCAAUUUGGCUCGUGCUGCUCCUGAUAAGAGAUCCAAGCUGCAACGGGAAAGAGAACGUGACAUCAGUGAACAAAUUGCUUUGGGUAUGCCGGCCAAAACUAUUGCUGGAGGUGAAGCACAGUUUGAUCAGCGUCUCUUCAACUCGAGCAAAGGAAUGGAUUCAGGGUAUGCUGAUGAUGAGGCAUACAAUGUCUAUGACAAACCCUGGCGUGAAGGCUCCAACCUUGGUCAACAUCUAUACCGCCCAGGCAAAAAUGUGGACAAGGAAGUGUAUGGAGAUGAUUUGGAUACUCUCAUCAAAACAAAUCGGUUUGUGCCCGACAAGGAAUUCAGUGGCACCGACCGCAAUGCCGCGCGCAGCGGGCCAGUUCAGUUUGAGAAGGAAGAAGAAGAUCCUUUCGGUCUGGAGCGGUUCCUCACUGAAGCCAAGAGGGCGAGCAAGCGGCCGAAGGACGACCGGAAGAAGGACGAUCGUAAAGAUGACAAGGACAAGAGGCGCAGGAGAGAUUAGUGUGGUGAUCAUGCUGACCUGGUGCACAAAGUGCAGAGCAGCUGGAGACCGCAUCCUGAGUCACCCAUUUGCAGACCACUUCAAUUUGGAUUUUGUUUUUUUUUACAAUGUUAAUUGUAUAUAUGUGUUACUUAUUAAUGU